AUGAAGGACAAACGGUGCUGCUCCAACAAGCUCCGCUUCGCGACGUUCAACUGUGGACAGAGCGGAGUAGGAGGGACCGACAACUUAAACCCCAACGGAUAUCGAACCUGCGAGCUGAUGGAAGCGCUGGAAAAAGUCAAAUUCGACAUCGUGGGCCUCAGCGAAACGCACGCUAAAGAAGAGCGCCACUCCAAGUGGAAGCACGGCGAACUCAGAGGAAGCGAACUGCACAUCGGCGCAGCAGAUGGCCUCAUAGGCGGCGUCGGCUUCAUCGUGAACGCAAAGCUCUCGCCCAGGAUCCACUCCGUCGACGUUAGCUCACCACGUGUCGGAGUGCUGAAGGUCAAGCUCGGAAGACGACAUCUCCUGACGGUCAUCCAGUGCUACGCACCACACAGCGGCUACGAUGAUGAAGAAGUCGAGUCCUUCUACGCCGAAGUUGAAGAACACCUGACGGCUCAACGAGGACCGGUGGUCGUGCUGGGAGACUUCAAUGCAAGAAUCGGCCCAAAGGAACCGGACGAGUUAUACGUCGGACGACACAGUGCGGAGCAGCGCAACGAUGCGGGCACGCGCCUGGCCGCCUUCGCAGAAGCUCGGAAGCUUUACGUCGCCAAUACGCUGUUCGAGAAGCCCCUCCUCAAACGAUGGACGUGGCAAUCGUCAGACCUACGGACAAAAAGCGAGCUAGACUACGUCCUGUACGGCGACAGAAAGGGCAUCGAGAACCUGGAAGUCCUCACCCAGUUCAAUGCCAGAAGCGACCACCGACUAGUGCGAGCGACGAUACGUGUCGACAUGAAGAAGAUCAGAAAAGACUCGUUCCUCAAGAGACCACGCCAGCCAGCUGAACUGGACAAGGCAAAGUUCCAGAAGCUCGUCAAGGAAGCAGACUGGAGCAACAGCGGUGGACGGAUGAUGGAACAAUACGAGCAGCUACUACAGACGCUGACCCAGUGCACAGCGGAUGCCGGCAUCAGGAAGGAGAGUACACGUCACACGUGGAAAACUCCUGAAACAGCUGACCUUCUGAAACAACUACAGCAGGCCAAGUCACGCGGAGACUCGGAAGAAGCAAAACGCCUUUCGAAGCUGUGUCGGGCGAAAGUCGCGGAAGACUACGAGAACUACCGCAACAGCCGUCUUCUGCAAACAGCCGAGAAACGAAAGAGCCUGAAGAAGUGCAGAAGGGAUCUAGCCCAGUCGCAACUCAUAACGGGCGCCCUCGUGGACGACAACGGUAACCCCCAGACCGAGCGCGAAGCCGUCGAAGAAAUCUGCCGCAACUUCUACACAAAGCUUUUUGAAAGCAAGGUCGACGUGCCGAGACAGCGAAGACCCGACGCCAGCCCGGAACCGGAGGUCCCUCCAGUAACGGUGGACGAGGUCGAUGCGGCGCUCCGUACGAUGAAAAACGGCAAGGCCCCAGGACCGGACGGCGUGAGAGCAGAAAUGCUUAAAGCGGGCGGACCUACGCUUUGGAAACAACUCGCACGACUCUUCACUCAGUGCCUUCGAAAGAAAAAGAUCCCACCCCAGUGGAAGGAAUCCACGACAGUGCUCCUAUACAAAAAGGGCGACACGAAGAACCUAAAGAACUACAGGCCGAUCUGCCUCCUGUCGGUGGUAUACAAGCUCUUCACGAAGGUGCUGACGCGACGAAUUACGGAUGACCUGGACCAAGAGCAACCGGUGGAACAGGCUGGUUUUCGUCAGGGCUACUGCACCCUCGACCACCUGCAAACGGUGAACCAGAUCCAGGAGAAGGCGCGUGAGAAGGGCCUACGGCAGUACCUUGUCUUUGUGGAUUAUGAGAAGGCGUUCGAUACGGUGGAGACAAACGCGGUGCUGAACGCACUAGAAGCCCAAGGCGUUCACCGAAGGUACAUCGACAUCCUCGAAGACAUCUACGAGGAGUGCGACACCCAAAUAACGCUCUUCGACAAGUCGAUCAAAAUCCCCAUUCGUCGCGGAGUCCGCCAAGGCGACACGAUCAGCCCUAAGCUGUUCACAGCUGCACUAGAGAUGAUCUUCCGGGAGCUGAACUGGGACAGUAGAAGAAGCGCAGGCAUCAGUAUCGACGGCAGACGCCUCACGCACCUACGUUUUGCGGAUGACAUCGUCCUCGUGGGCAAUUCUCGAGCAGAUGUUCAGCAACGACUGAAAGAGCUAAACGAGAAGAGCAAUACUGUUGGACUGCGGAUCAACAAAGAGAAGACGGAGUGGUUCGAAUACUUCGAAACCAACGAACGGAUCUACCUCGAAGGCGAAGAAAUCCGCAGAACGAAGAAGUACGUGUACCUUGGUCAGCAGCUCACGGAAGACCACAGCGCCAACAUGGACGGCGAAAUCGGACGCAGACGCAAAGCAGCAUGGCUCAGCUUCAACAACAUACAGGAA